GGCUUCCCCUGUUUGUCGUCUCCUUCGUCUCUCUCUCUCUGUUCGACCGUCCUCGCGUGCUCGUUUCAAUCUCCUCCAUUCCUCCGCACCGGUUGGCGUUGCUUCGCCCCCUCGCCCCCGUCUUGGUCCAUCUCUUUAUGCCAUUUCGCUUGCUUGUGGGUCUGCUCCUUUGGAUCGCGAAAGGUCACUAAUUUCCGCGAGGACUAGCGGGAGUGGAGGUCGGGAAAACCGAAACAGGGUUCCCGGAAGAGGAAGGAGUCGACGUUCGAUGCUUGGAGCCCGUGUCACUCGGAAAGGAGAGAGCUUUCGUUGAUUUUGAUGCUAUUCCGGAUCUGCUUCCUUCUCUUGACCGACUGCUGAGCUCGGUUUCACUAUGGCCGGAAGCAACGAGGUUAAUGCCAAUGAGUCGAAGAUGGCGGUUCCCCUCAACACCUGGGUCCUCAUCUCCAACUUCAAGCUGGCCUACAACAUGCUGCGCCGCCCCGACGGCACCUUCGACCGCCACCUCGCCGAAUUCCUCGACCGCAAGGUCCCUGCCAAUGCCACCCCUGUCAAUGGCGUCAUCUCGUUCGAUGUCCUCAUCGGCCGCACCAGUAAGCUGCUUUCACGCAUCUACCGCCCUGCCCCCUCCACCUCAGCCGCCGUUCCUCUCCUCGCCGACCUCUAUCAGCCGCCCUCUGCUGACCCCUUUCCGGUCAUCAUCUUCUUCCACGGCGGAAGUUUUGCCCAUUCCUCAUCCAACAGCGCCAUCUACGACUCACUCUGCCGCCGGUUCGUCUCCCUAUGCGGCGCAGUCGUCGUGUCCGUCAACUACCGCCGGUCACCCGAGUACAAGUAUCCCUGCGCUUACGACGAUGGGUGGGCUGCCCUUAAGUGGGCUUCUGCAGAGCCGUGGCUUCAAAGCGGAAAGGAUGCCAAGUUUCGGGUGUUCCUCGCAGGGGACAGUUCUGGAGGAAACAUCGCACACCAUGUGGCCGUCAGGGCAGCGGAGUCAGGAAUCGAGGUCUCCGGCAACAUUCUCCUUAACCCCAUGUUUGGUGGAAACUGUAGGACGGAGUCAGAGAAGAGGUUGGACGGCAAAUACUUCGUCACCAUUAGGGACAGAGAUUGGUAUUGGAAAGCGUAUCUCCCCGAGGGAGCAGAUAGAGACCACCCGGCUUGCAAUCCCUUCGGCCCCAACGCAGCGAAGCUGGAUGGUCUUCCCUUCACAAAGAGCCUCAUUAUAGUGGCAGGAUUGGAUCUUGUUCAGGACUGGCAAUUGGCGUAUGCCGAAGGGUUGAAGAAGGCCGGCCAUUCUGUGAAGCUUGUGUACCGGGAACAGGCCACCAUCGGAUUCUACUUGUUGCCAAACACUGAUCAUUUUUACCAAGUGAUGGAUGAGAUCAAGAACUUUGUCAUGGCUAACGUGCAGUGAGUGCACAACUCUUGAUACCUUCCCGACUUGACUAUGAACAUCGGAAGCUUGACUUAUACUGCUUGUGGCUUGUUUACUUCGUCUGCUCGGCACCGACGACAUGCAUUUGGAUAAUUGCCGCCGCUGCUACUGCUUGCAUACGGUCAGACUUAGUUUUGGUUCUGAUUCAUGGGAUGCACAUGAAAUUAGAUUAAGAUGGUUUCUUUGGCUUGGUUUGAAGUCUGUGUCUCAAGUUCGAAAGAUUGUUCUAACAAAUUCUCAAUAUUAUUCAGCAUGAUCCAUUUCGACACGGCGGCAUGGAGAUGCUUCUGAGUUCAUGGAAGAAACUUUGUUUCUUGGAUGGACUAAUGUGUCCAUACCAAAUCAUGUUGUAUAUUGAGGUUCCAAAAGUCGUGUCCAUACCGAAUCAUGUUGUAUAUUGAGGUUCCAAAAGGCAAAGAACCUUGUCGAUCUUGCUGGGAUGGAUUGCCGGGACUGAACUGGCUAAUGCUGUAACAAUAUUGAUUAUAACAACAUGGUUGAACAUUCAAAAGUGUUGUUCUUAUC